AGACAAAUAUAUAUAUAUAUAUAUAUAGUAUUCUCCCAUUGUGUAACUUUUGUAAAGUUUUGAAAUCUUUGUUUACAAAAGACUAAACAAACACAAACACCCUCCCUUUAGAAUGCAAGGAUGUUUAGAAGUAAUAAUCCUAACACCCAGGUAAAUGUUAGGUCUGCAAGGUUUCUGUGUGUCUGGAAGGACGUGAGUCGGAGCUUAGGGGGCGGUGUGAUGUGAUGAUGAACAUGGCUUCCUAAGCAGUUGCGUCUGGGGAGUGGGCUUGGGAGACAAGAUUGCCUUUGCAAACACAGAAUCAGGGCAACGGGAGUGCCUCUUCUCUCACCUUCCUAAAGCCAGCUCACAUUUAGGACAAGAGGGUCCUGAUCCCACGAGGGCCAGAGACAACCAGCCUACUAGUUAUCUUCUGUCAGAUGCUGCCCUCAGCAGCGCCACACUCUGGAGCCUUGGCCAGCCAGGGACCCUGCUCCUGUAGGAUCCCUAUGACCGCAGCUUCGGGGGGCCCAGGUGGAUCUAGUCCCAGGAGGGUGGGAUGCUAAGAGCACUCAGGUGAGUAUGACUCAGGUCAGAGCCUCGCACCUCUCAGGACCCAAGGGCCUCUUCCUCCUCCGGAGACAUGGCACCCUCCUGACCUUUGCUCGUCUGCAGUUUAUAUCACUCAGGCUCAGCAGCUGCAGAAAGGGAGGCCGGGGCACGGUGGCUCGGGAGUGCCACUCACUGGCAGCCAGGAGCCGAGAGACUGGCAUUCCCAGCGCCACACAAAGGCCUGUUGAUCUUUGACCCCCACCCCUCCAGGAGCCUUGGUCCUCCCUCCCGCCCGCCUUCCUUUCCUCCCUGCUGGCCUCUCUCUCACUUCUCUCUCUUCAUUCCCUGGCACUCUUGCUCUGACUGGCAGUUUUUCCCAGCGCCUCGCCCAGACCGAUCUUCUCAUGCUGUCUUCAAGCCCUGCUUCCUGCACAUCUCCCAGCCCGGACAAGGAGAACCCGAGUAAGAAGGUCCAGUGGGCUUCUGGGAGGAGGAGGACAUCAUCCACAGACUCAGAGUCAAAGUCCCACUCCGACCCUUCCAAAGUGUCCCGUUCCCGGAGACCCACUCGUCUGACGGUGAAGUACGACCUGGGGCAGCUCCAGCGCUGGCUGGAGAUGGAGCAGUGGGUGGACACUCAGGUUCAGGAGCUCUUCCAGGAUCAACCAACUCCUGAGCUGGAGAUUGACCUGGAGGCUCUCAUGGAACUAUCCACAGAGGAGCAGAAGACUCAGUUGGAGGCUGUUCUCCAAAACUGCCCCCGCCCCACAGAGACUUUUAUCUCUGAGCUGCUCGGUCAGCUCAAGAAACUCCGGAGACUUAGUCGGCCUCAGAAAUAAGCCUUGUGAGACUAUCUUCAGGAGCCUCAGCACUGCCAGGUCUGCCAGGAACCUCUGGAUCCUGGGCUGAGAGGGAAACAGCUCCUUGGACUACAGACAAGGAACAUGGAGAACAAGGAGGGACAUUUGGACACCCCUGUGUGUGUGUGGUCAGCUGCGCCUUCUGGGAGCCAGUCAUGGCUGUUGACCAGUGCUUUCCUUGGUAGCCAAACGGAUAAAACCUUUGGGAGACCCA